AUGUGGUUAUAUGGAGAACUGACAUCAUUCGAUAAAAUUGGCAAUUCGCUAACUGUAGAACACUGUGACCAGACUGAUGGUAAUGAUGUAGAAUUAUUUGUAGUGUGGCUUACAGUUGCUGAAGGUGGUGUACAUGAACUAACUCUGACCACAUCACCAGCUUCUGAAGGUGGAGAUGUAGAAGAUGAUGAUAAAGAAUAA